CAACGAACAACAAGCCGAUCUGCUCGGCCAGAUGCCUUUUCGUCAUGACAACCAUUUUCUGCUGCAGCGACGCCCGCUGCCCACCCACAGAUGGAUCAAAUCUUGAAUGCACCAGAGGGCAGCGAGGGACUGACCGGGCUCCCUGUCGAGAUCAUCGAUGCGAUUUUUCAUUGCCUGCAGCGAGACGUCCGGGCACUGGUGGCACUUUCAUCGACAUGUCGGUGCCUGAGGGCUCGCUAUACGGUUUCUGCGCCGCUCUGGAGGCUGCUGCUCUUCGAGACCAAGUGGAGACGCACCCCCCGCUUUCCCGACAUUGUCCCCGGCGCCCUGACCGAGACCGAGUUCAAACGGGCUUUCAUGGAGCGAUGGGAGGAUCGCUCGCUGACCCGCAGCCGUGUCCGCAAAGCGCUCUUGACCCUUAUCGAUACAUCGUUCACCCACCUGCAGGUUCAAGAGGACUCUUCAGCCGAAGAUGGCUUUGGCGAUCGUGAUCGCGCCUGGAUCGACGGUGAUGUCUCGGCGGACAUUCGCCUGGCUGAGCUGGAAAGCAAGUACUCGCUCCAUCUACCGGAGGAUGUCUACGAGCUGAUGCGGUGCUUCCAGAGCCACACCGACCGCUCGGACCAGCAAAACUAUCUGUUCCGGAGCACUGAGCACACCCGUGGAUACCGGCUGUUGCCGCUUGAGGAAAUCCAGGCCAUCCACGACGCCGCACCCGAAGACCAGUCCUUUUACACUCCAGAGGCAUGGCGCCUGGAGCUCGAAGAGAUGGGCGAGGAUUUCCGGCUCACGGAAGAGUCGGCCCUGUGGAUGCCGCUAUUUGCGCUGAAGGAUCCGUCGGCCAACUUUGGCAUCCUCUUUGUCGAUCUGGAUCCGCCCCGGCCUGGAUCGGCUGCGUCGCGGAUGUACCAGCUGAAUACAUUCUCGGGGAUUCAGUACGGCGAGUCGCCCGUUUGGGAAACAAUUUCGCCAUCGGUCCUGGAUUUCCUGGAAGCAUGUGCCAGAGAAGCCGCAACCAACCCAAGCGCAUAUCACAGCACGCCUCUGCUUCGCUUCAUGGCGAUGUGAAUCGCUACCGCAGCCAGAGGCAUCUCGUUCGCAUUUGCACAAUCUCUCGCGGCUGCCUGAUGCCAUGCAAAGCCCCAUAUAGCAGAGCAGUCUCGCCCAGC